AUGGAAGGUCCAGAAGAGUUUGCUGAAGGCUUGAGCUAUGGAGCUCAGAGCUUGUUCGGGCACAUUAUUGGAGGUGCCAUGGGCUCAGCUUCUCUUAUAUCCUCAUAUUUAGGUGAAAACCGUUCCAGCCUUAAUUUUGGUGAAGACUACAGAAAGAAAAGAAAAGUUUGUCUGCAACAUUGCAGUGAUAUGCCAGAGAUGCUGAUAUUGACAGCAAAUUCUUUCAUAAUGGGAGUGACAUUAGGAAUGUCUGGAGUUGUUGUGAAACCACUUACUGGUGCACAACAAGAUGGAUUUGAAGGAUUUUUCAGAGGUACUGGAAAAGGUUUAAUGAGCCUCAUUACUAAACCUAGUGGAGGUGUUCUUGAUAUUGUGGGAAUGGCAUCUGAUGGAGUAAAAAGAGCUGUUGAAAUGGGAGAAGAUAUAGUAAUGAGAAAGCGUCUUCCUCGCUACAUGAAUCCAUACCAGGGUAUAAAACCUUACUCAAGGUAUGAAGCUAUUGGCAUGCAUCUGCUGAACACAUUAAGCAAAGGGCACUAUUGUGAUACUGACACAUAUUGGGCACAUGCAUGUCUUACAAAUGAUGCUAAAAGAGCUGUUCUUAUCACCCUUCAGCAUGUCUUUCUACUAGAAAAGUGUCGACUGUGGGGCAUCUGGGACAUUGAGUGGGUGAUCAGGAUUGAUGAUAUUAUGAAAGUUCCCCAUGUAUCGGACAAUAUGCUGAUAUUCAAAGUGAGACAGGAUGAAAGCUGCAAUUUCUUUCCUGGAGAUGAGAGGCAUGUGGUAUGUGAGGAUCUUGCUGUUCUGGAGUGGCUUCAGAAGAAAACUGAAGCUGUUAUGAUUCUGAGCAUGGAAGACAAACCAUGCCCAGCAGAAGUGUGA